AUGCCGGAGGUGGCCGUGGUACCUGAAUUGCAUUACCCUGAGGAUGAGAUUGUCACUCCUAAGAAAGACAAUCUCGAAGCUGUAAGUGAUCCGGAAUGCAACAAGGAAAACAUCGUCCCCGCCCCGUCCAAGAAUGCCGGCAACGGGAAACGAUCAGCAAGCUCCAAUGGAGCCAAGGUUUCAAAGAAGCAAAGAAUGGAAGCGUUGAUCGAGAAGGACCCCUCCAUCCUGCAACCAUUCAACAUCCCCCAGUGGAGAUUCACCCCAGUCAUCCCUGACCCGCGAGGGGUGACUCUCUCCCCGUAUGAUCGGGCUCCGCAACUGAGGCUGGUGGAUGAGAACCUGACAGUCUCGGGGCACAAGGGUUACCGCUUGAUCCGGGCGAGCCACGGGGUCAGUGCAGGAUCGUGGUACUUUGAGGUCACAAUCAGAGAGGAUCACGUGAACACGUUUCUAGAAGAGAAGUUCCUCAACAUUGAAGGCCACAGUAGACUUGGAUGGGCACGCGGCAGUGCUCAGAUCCAGGCCCCUCUGGGCUAUGACCGGUUCGGCUACGGCAUUUGCUCCCGUACUGGCAACAUUGUGCACACCAGGCGGUUGAAAGAGUUUUCAUGUCCGCUCCAGAAAGGAGACGUUGUGGGAUGCUACAUCCACUUCCCUGCCGUGGAGAAAGCCGCACUCGAGGAAGAUGACUGCAAGACCUCUACACAAGCUAAGGAAACUCAGGACCCGCCGCAGGAAGGGCAAGAGGAGGGCCAGAAGCCCAAGUGUGAGAACGCUGCCGAUGGAGAAACCAAACAAGAGGUGAGGAAAGGGAAAUCCAAGUGCAAGGUCAAAGAUAGACUUACCUGGAGAGACACCGAAAUCGAAUAUUUCUUGGAGGAAGACACGGAUGUUGGGUCAGAAAUCUGCCGAGGCAGCGUGAUCCGCUUCUUUGUUAACGGCAAAGCAUGUGGAAGCGCGUUCGAGGACGUAGAGCAGGGUAUCUACUAUCCCGCUGCAUCCGUCUACAUGGGAGGGCAAGUAACUUUCAACUUCGGCCCGACUUUCAAGUUUGGGAUGCCUGCACCGUAUGAAGGAGAAGGAGAGGUCAGGCCCAUGUCAGAUGCUGCCUUGAGAGACAAGGCUGAGGAAGUCGAGGCCGCCGCUGCCAACGUGAAAUCCGAGACAACGAAGUAG